CACAGAUGAUGAGAUGAGCCGCGGCGUGUGCUUGUGCUUUUCCUUUCUCCCGGUUUGACUACAGAUUCCUUGCCUUUUCCGGCCGAUAUGUCACCGGGAUCUAGCACUAGCAUGCCUGAAACGCUGCCGUUUCCCGUCUGAUACACUCGUCUGAUUCCACAAACCAGAGUUUCCAACUAUACUGCAGCAUCUUUGGAUCAUACUUUCUCUAGUUUUCCCUCCAUUUCUCAUUUUCAUUCUUAUUUUUAUUCAAGCAAAUUUAUGAUUCUUUCUGCAGCUUUUGUUUAUUCAAGCGAAGAGUGCAGUAGAUCAGUGACUGAAUUCUGAAUUGUGGUUAGUUUAGAGAGGUGGUCGAAAUGACAUCAGGGUCGAGGCUGCCGACAUGGAAGGAGAGGGAGAAUAACAAGAGAAGGGAGAGGAGGCGGAGGGCCAUUGCUGCCAAGAUCUUCGCCGGGCUCCGGAUGUUUGGAAAUUACAAGCUUCCCAAGCACUGUGACAACAAUGAAGUCCUCAAAGCACUAUGCAACGAGGCGGGUUGGAUCGUCGAGCCCGACGGCACCACCUAUCGCAAGGGAUGCAAGCCUGUGGAGCGCAUGGACAUAGUUGGGGGUUCUGCAACUGUAAGCCCGUGCUCUUCUUAUCACCCAAGCCCCUGUGCUUCAUACAACCCAAGCCCCUGUGCUUCAUACAACCCAAGCCCCUGUGCUUCGUAUAACCCAAGUCCUGCAUCUUCUUCCUUUCCAAGUCCAGCUUCAUCUUCAUAUGCUGCCAAUCCUAAUGCUGAUGGUAGCUCCCUUAUACCAUGGUUAAAAAAUCUUUCGUCUGCAUCAUCAUCGUCAUCCUCCAGGCAUCCCCAUCUCUACAUCCAUAGUGGUUCCAUCAGUGCACCUGUUACCCCUCCUUUGAGCUCCCCAACAUGCCGCACUCCCCGAGUCAAAUGUGCCUGGGAAGACCAACCUGCUCGCGCUGGCUGGGGUGGGCAGCACUAUUCUGUCCCUCCGUCUUCAACUCCGCCAAGCCCUGGUCGUCAGAUUGUUCCCGAUCCAGAAUGGUUUGCUGGGAUUAAAAUCUCACAAGGAGUUCCAAAUUCACCUACAUUCAGCCUUAUGGCUUCAAGUCCAUUUGGUUUUAGGGGAGAAGCUGUUGCAGGUGGUGGAUCCCGGAUGUGGACACCUGGGCAAAGUGGGACAUGCUCUCCUGCAAUUGCAGCAGGCUCUGAUCAUACAGCUGAUGUUCCAAUGUCUGAUAUGGUUUCGGAUGAGUUUGCAUUUGGUAGCAGUGCAGCAGCAGGGCUAGUUGUGAAAGCGUGGGAAGGCGAGAGAAUCCACGAAGAAUGUGCAGAUGAUUUAGAGCUGACGCUUGGGAGCUCAAGGACCAGGUGAGUUCGCGUAAGUAUUGGAUUCAAUAGACUCAUGGCGUCUUUACUCAAAAUAUGCUGCUACAGAUAAGCAAUGCUUGCGUACUGAAUUCCGCUGUCCACAUCAUGAUAUUUGCCUCCAUAGCUUACUCUCAAUUCAAAAGCACUGCAAAACGAUUCAAGUUACGCGAGCUGUUGUUUGCUCAAUUAGUCUUUUCUUACAACUUAUAUGAUGUUUUCAAGAUCUUUUCAUUUGAGAGUCUCCAAAUCUAAACUCCAUUAGAUGAAUUGAUACCAGUGUAGGAAAUGCAUGUCUGUCUUUCUUGAUUUACUUAUAGUAAUGCUUUAUGAUUCAAUUGAAUUUGACUGUGUUAUCAUGGAUAAUUCUCAUUGGGUUUUUCUGAUA